AGUGAAUAAUUUUUAAAACAAAAUGGCGGCAAACAGCAAGUCCUCUUCUUCUCCUGUCAAUCUCUCCAGCGAGUGGUUAGAGCUGGAGAGUGAUCCCGGUCUCUUUACUCUCCUCAUUCAGGACUUUGGAGUGUCCGGAGUUAAAGUGGAGGAGCUUUAUGAUGUCAAUGCUCAGGAGUUCCGUGGGGGCGUGUACGGGUUCGUGUUCCUGUUCCAGUGGGUGGAGGAGAGACGAGCAAGGAAGAAGACCUUCCUUAAUGAUGACUGCUUCGUGACGGAGCCAUCAGUACUGAGGAACAUGUUCUUUGCACACCAAAUUGUAACAAAUUCUUGUGCCACCCACGCACUAUUAAGUAUAUUGCUUAAUUGUGAGGGGGAGGGGCUUGAUUUAGGUCACACCCUCCCUCUUUUGAAGGAGUUUUGUCAUAAUUUGGAUCCGGAGGCAAGAGGUUAUGCAAUAGGGAACAUGCCGGAUUUAGCCACUGCUCACAACAGACACGCUCGACCUGAAGUAGUUAGACCCAGCCCACCUCCAUCCAAAAGGGGCGUAGUCUUGGCAGCCACACCCUCCUACUUAUCGGAAACCUACCACUUUGUUAGUUUUGUCCCGAUUGGGGAGAGGCUGUUCGAAUUAGACGGAUUGAAGGAGUGGCCAAUCGACCAUGGUCCCUGGGCGGAGUCUGAACACUGGACAGACCUGUUUAAAAGGAUAAUAACUCGACGACUGAACGAAGGAGACGGAAUACAGUUCAACCUCAUGGCACUCAUACCAGAUCCACUUCCUCAACUAUCGGAGGACCUUCAGCGAUACCACAGCAGGGAGAGAAGACUGUUGGACACUGCUUAUGGCCUAGCUAGGGAAAGAGUACUGGGAAAGAAGAUUAGCAGUGAAGACUCAAUCAUUGACGUGGAAAAUAUCUCUGAUGAGAAGGAACCCCAACCUCCUCCUUCUGCUAGUAAUGAAGAAGAAGGGAGGUCAUGUUUGAAUGAAAGUGAUUUGAAUAAGAAGAUUGGAGACCUCCUUCAGACCAUAUCAUCCUCUACUGGUCAGGGCAGCUGUUCCGAGACUAACAGUUUAGAACUCGUUGUGAAAGAUAUCACUGAGAACAGGAGCCUUCUCUUCUCGGCUAAAAGAAGAUUUACUGAAGAACUUGAAAGCAGAGAAAGGUAUCGGGUUGAGGCUGAUAGAAGGACUCACGAUUAUGAUCGGUUCUUUGGAGAAUACUUUAAAAACCUGGCAGCACAUAAGCUCCUUCCACAAAGGAUGUUGGAGGGAAGGAGGAACAACCGGAGGAGCCACAAGAGAGGACGAGGGAAGAAACUAACAACAGCUGCAACUAAAAACAAAACAAUAACUAACGGAAGUAACAACAGCACUGGACACUCUGUCUAUUACUGAAUUAAUGUGUAGUCUCAAUUGUACACUAUAAGUUUAUUGUUUAUAAUGAAGUUCAAUUUACUGAUCGGAAUCAGCUCACACAAGUACAUCUAUAUGCAUCAGGGAAUACACUACCAGUCACUUUUGAUGAAAUGAGUUAAUUGGUUUACAAUG